AUGAAGCAUAGCCAGCUCAAGGUUGCAGGUAGCUGCAGGCCCAAUACUACCCGGAGCGUCGAAGAACUAUGCAAUGCGACGGAAGUGGAGCUAGUAUUGAUAGCAAGCAAUCAUGCUUUUCACGCAUCCCACGCAGUACUCGCGCUGCAAGCCAACAAGUACGUCUUCAUCGAGAAGCCAAUUGCUUUGACUUUGCAAGAUACGGACCGAAUCAUUGCUGCGGACGAAGCUGCAGGUGGGGCUAGAGUGUUCAUUGGUUACAUGAGGAGAUAUGCUGCAGCUUUCGUCGAUGCAGUCAAAGAAGUUGGAAGCAUUGAACAAAUACGUUAUGCUCGUGUCCGGGAUAUCAUUGGGCCGAAUUCUGUCUUUGUGGCACAAUCCGGGACGUAUCCAAAGACAUUUAACGAUUAUCGCGAGGCGGAUACCGAAGCGCUACGUACAAAAACACUUGAUGACAUGGAGCAAGCUCUCCAAGCUGAGCUUGGAAUUGCCGUCACGAAAGAAACACAUAUGAUGUGGGAGAUGCUCUCUAUUCUUGGCUCACAUGAUUUGAGUGCCAUGCGGGAGAUCAUGGGUAUGCCCAAGGGGGUCAUAGGAUUCUCACCUUGUGCCACUGUGGGGUCUCCAUUUUGGAGAAAACCUCGACGUGACUCUUUAGGAUGCUCGUCUUCCCUGACAUAUCAACCUGACGAUAAGCAAUAG